AUGAAAAUAAUAAUAUUUUUUAUAAUAUUAUUAUCUUUAAAUUUAAUUUUAGCAAAAGAAAAGUUUGAUUUUAAAAAAUUAAUAAAUCAAUAUUCUGUAAUAUCAUUAGAGAAAGAUAUCAGUUAUUUAUCAAAAAAUGAUAAAUUAAUGAUAGAGAUAUUAUUUAAUGCAUCAAAAAUUGUUGAUGAUAUAUUUUGGAAACAAACAUUGGGUAAAAGCAAACAACAAUUUUUAGUAAAUUAUAAAGAUAAAGAUAUUAGAGAAUAUUGUUCAAUAAAUUAUGGACCAUGGGAUAGAUUAAAUAACGAUAAUUCAUUUAUUGAUGGUAUUGGUAAUAAACCACCAACUUUAAAUUUUUAUCCAUUGGAUAUUACAGAAGAUGAAUUUGAUAAUUUUAAUAAUAGUUUAAAAAAAAGUUCAUAUACUGUUUUAAGAAGAGAUAAUGGUCAAAGUAAAAAUUUAAAAUGUAUUUGGUAUAAUCAAGAAUAUAAAACUGAAGUAAUGAAAAUAUCAAAUUUAUUAAUGAAAGCAUCAAAUUAUUCAAGUGAUAAAGGAUUUAAAGAAUAUUUAAAAAAAAGAUCAAUUGCUUUAUCAAAUGAUCAAUAUUAUGAUAGUGAUAUAACAUGGAUGGAAAUGACAAAUAAUCCAAUUGAAAUUGUUAUUGGUCCAAUCGAAACCUAUGAUGAUACUUUCAAAGGUUUAAAAGCAUCCUUUCAAAGUCAAUUAUUAAUUAAAGAUUUAGUAUGGAGUGAAAAAAUUAAAAAAUAUAAUUCAAUGUUACCAGAGUUACAAGAGAAUUUACCAGUUGAAGAUAAAAAAUAUAAAAGUGAGAAAAGUGGUAGUUCAAAAGGUGAUAUGUAUGUUUAUGAUUUAAUUGCAAGUUAUGGUUCUGGUAACGCUGGUCCAAAAAAUAUUGCAAUUAAUUUACCAAAUGAUCCAAAAGUUCAACUUGAUAAGGGUACUCGUAAAAUUCAAAUUAAAAAUUUAAUGAAGGCUAAAUUUGAUGAAAUUCUAAUGCCAAUUGCUAAAAGAGUAAUUGAUCCAACUCAAUUGAAACAUGUUACUUUUGAAAAUGGUUUUUUUGAGAAUGUUAUGUUUCAUGAAAUUUCUCAUGGUUUAGGUGUUAAAUUUUUAGUAGAUGGUAGUGGCACAAGUGUUCAUCAAGCACUUGAAGUAUAUUAUUCACCACUUGAAGAGGCUAAAGCUGAUAUCUUGGGUAUUUAUUUUAUAACUUAUCUAGCUGAGCAUAAUUUAAUUUCAAAUAAAGAUUUAAUGGACAAUUAUGUUUCUUAUAUUGCUGGUAUUUUCCGUUCAGUUAGAUUUGGUUCAUCAAAUGCACAUGCAAAAGCAAAUACUUUAAAUUUUAAUUUCCUUCAUAAAUAUGGUGCUUUUGAAAAGAAUUCAACUACAAAUUAUUUCUCUGUAAAUUUCAAUAAAAUGAAAUUAGCAAUUCCAAAAUUAGUAAAUCAUAUUUUAGUAAUUCAAGGUAAUGGUAAUAAAAAAGCUGCUCAAAGUUGGAUUAAUGAAAUGGGUACAUUAAAUAUAGAAGAUAUUAUUAUUGAUUAUUCUGGUAUUCCAAUUGAUAUAGUUUUUAAACAAGGUUUAAAUUUAUUAAAAUUUUAA